UUUUUUUUUCACAAAAAAGCCCAACCAAAGGACGCAUCCGCAGACUCCCGAGUCCUGACUCAUCCUGCGUUGAUCAAUUCCACAGAGUCUUUCCUCCCAAGAAACAGAUUCACAGAAGAAGGCCGCAGAGAGGGAGAGAGAAAAGAGGCGUAAUCUUAUCAAUUAGAUACACAGAGAAUCAAGAUAAUCCUUUUUUAGCCUCAGAAAGAGAAGCCGAUCUGAUCGCUCUUUUAUUAUAAUUGAAAUUCACCCAAAAUUACUAUAAAGAAAUGGGAACGCUUCAGACUUGGAGAAAAGCCUAUGGCGCUCUCAAAGAUUCCACCAAAGUCGGUCUCGCUCAUGUCAACAGCGACUAUGCGGAAUUGGAUGUCGCUGUAGUCAAAGCAACCAACCACGUCGAGUGUCCACCCAAAGAGAGGCACCUUAGAAAAAUCUUGAUUGCCACGUCAGCUAUUCGUCCGCGUGCUGAUGUUGCUUAUUGUAUUCAUGCUCUUUCCCGCCGAUUGGCCAAGACCCAUAAUUGGACGGUUGCAUUGAAAACAUUGAUUGUCAUCCAUAGAUUAUUAAGAGAGGGUGAUCCUACUUUCAGAGAAGAACUACUAAAUUUCUCACAGAGAGGACGCAUCCUACAACUUUCUAACUUCAAGGAUGAUUCAAGUCCUAUUGCCUGGGAUUGCUCUGCCUGGGUACGUACAUAUGCUCUAUUUUUGGAGGAGCGGCUUGAAUGCUUUAGAAUUCUCAAGUAUGACAUUGAAGCUGAGCGUAUUCCAAGACCUGCCCAAGGGCAAGAUAAGGGCUACAGCAGAACCAGGGAAUUGGUUAGUGAAGAACUGUUGGAACAGUUGCCUGCAUUGCAGCAUCUGCUGUAUCGCCUUGUUGGUUGUCGGCCUGAAGGUGCAGCUGUUAGCAAUUAUGUUAUACAGUAUGCUUUAGCGCUGGUAUUGAAAGAGAGCUUUAAAAUAUAUUGUGCUAUUAAUGAUGGAAUUAUCAAUCUUGUGGAUAAGUUUUUUGAGAUGCCAAGGCAUGAAGCUUUCACCGCCCUUGAUGUCUACAAACGAGCUGGCCAGCAGGCUGGUAGUCUUUCCGAUUUCUAUGAAGUUUGCAAAGGAUUGGAACUUGCUAGGAACUUCCAAUUUCCUGUUUUGAGAGAACCUCCGCAAUCCUUUCUUACAACCAUGGAAGAGUAUAUAAGAGAGGCACCGAGAGUUGUUUCUGUUCCAAGUGAGCCACUGCUCCAAUUAACAUAUAGGCCAGAAGAGGGUCCUUCUGAAGCUGAAGACACCAAAGUACCCAGUGAUGAACCUGAGCCAAUGCCUUCAGAUGAUGUUGUUGUCUCCAGUGCUGAGAUUGUGCCUCCCACUCCUAUCACACCUCCUCAAAACAACAUGGACACUGGAGAUUUACUGGGAUUGAGUUAUGACGCACCUGAUGCAUCAGCCAUUGAAGAAAGAAAUGCGUUGGCUCUGGCUAUAGUUCCAAUUGAACAGGAUGCUGCGCCAACAUUCAAUUCUGGUGCUGCUCAAGCGAAAGAUUUUGACCCUACUGGAUGGGAGCUUGCCCUGGUUACCACUCCGAGCAGUAACAUCUCUUCAGUUAACGAGAGGCAAUUGGCCGGUGGAUUGGACUCGCUCACUUUGAACAGUUUGUAUGACUCAGCAGCAUAUAGAGCAACUCAGCAGCCUGUUUAUGGAGCACCAUCUCUUAAUCCAUUUGAGGUGCAAGAUCCAUUCACAAUGUCAAACAGCAUUGCUCCUCCUGCUGCAGUUCAGAUGGCGGCAAUGGGUCAACAGCCUCCCAAUCCCUUUGGUCCGUACCAACCAACUUACCCACAGCCAAUGCAGCAGCAAAAUUUGAUGAUGAGCCCUACAAAUCCUUUUGGUGAUACAGCGUUGGGGACAUUUCCUGUGAAUCCUGUUGCUCAUCCUCAUUCUAACAAUCCUUUCGGAAGCACAGGCCUUUUAUAAUCACACCAAUAUUUGGACAUUUGGAAAGUAUAAUCUAGGUGAUUAAGUUGGUUUCUGUGCAUUGAAAAUGAGUAAAGCAGCGUGGGUUCAGAUUGUAGACCCACAAGAUUGAUGGUUUGCGGCAUGAAUCGUGUUUGUUUGGGUUGUAAAAGAAAGCAAGUGAAUAGUGUAUAAUGGACAACUAGUUGAUAAUAAUUGUGACUUUUGAAAAA